CUCCGCCAGUUAGUCAACUGCGCCUGCGCGGUGGUGCCAUCAAGAGGUGGCCUUGAAGGCCAACUGGGCUGACAGGAAAGAUGAAGCAAGUAUUUAUUCUCCAAGAAAAGUCUUUGCUCGGUGCUCCUAUACAGUUCAAAUGGCAGAAAACCCAAGGAAACUACAUUGCAGUAGCUGGAGCUGGUUCCACCUUAAAAAUUUUUGAUCGCCAUGGUCUAAUGAAGAAUGAAAUAAACUUACAAGGCACUUGCGUUGCUAUGGAUUGGGAUGUUGACGGAGACACUUUAGCCGUAAUUGCUGAAAAAUCCAACUGCAUCUAUCUGUGGGAUGCUAACACAGAUAAAAUCAGUCAAUUGGAUAGUGGCAUGAGGGAUCAGAUGUCGUUCCUGCUGUGGUCAAAAGUUGGCACCUUACUCGCUAUCGGAACAGUAAAGGGAAAUUUGUUUAUUUAUAACCAUCAGACUUCCCGCAAAAUCCCUAUACUUGGUAAACACAUCAAGCGGAUAACAUGUGGGUGCUGGAGCUCUGAAAACCUGCUGGCCCUUGGCAGUGAGGAUAAAAUGAUUACUGUUAGCAACCAAGAAGGGGAUACGAUAAGACAGAUCCUUUUGAAAAUGGAGCUGAGCGAUAUGCGCUUCUCAGUGCUGAGGGAUGAUAAUAGAACAAGUAACGCCGAAAACACCAUCAGUGUGGUUGUUGGCAAGAAAAAUAUCUUUUUGAUUAACGUAAAUAGUCCAGAAAAUCCAGUUGAGCUGGAAUUCCAGCAGCACUAUGGCAGCAUUGUUUGUUACCACUGGUUUGGUGAUGGCUACAUCAUGAUUGGUUUUUCCCAAGGCUACGUUGUGGUCAUUUCUACACAUUUUCAAGAGCUCGGGCAAGAGAUCUUUCAAGCUCACAAUCAUAAGGAUAAUUUAACGAACAUUGCAAUAUCACAAUCGUUAAAUAAAGCUGCAACAUGUGGAGAUAACUGCAUUAAGAUCCACGAUUUGUCAGAGCUGAAAGAAAUGUAUGCUAUAAUAAACCUGGAUGAUGAAAAUAAAGGUUUAGGGACUCUGUCUUGGACGGAUGAUGGACAGCUGUUGGCAACGUCUACCCAAAGGGGCUCGCUGCACGUCUUCCUGACCAAGCUCCCGGUCCUCGGAGACACCCAUGGCACUCGGAUUGCCCACCUCACCUCUCUCCUCGAAGUCACCGUAGCCAACCCCGUUGAAGGAGAACUCCCGAUCACGGUGUCCGUUGAAGUGGAGCCUAACUUUAUUGCCGUUGGCCUCUACCACUUGGCUGUUGGGAUGAACAACCGGGCUUGGUUUUAUGCCCUCAAGGAGGACAGUGUUAAAAAACUGAAAGAUGUGGAAUAUCUGGGGACAGUAGUCAGUAUGUGCCUUAAUUCUAACUAUGCAGCUGUGCUCUUUGAGGGCAAGGUCCAAUUACAUAUGAUACAGAGUGAAAUUCUGGAUGCUCAAGAAGAGCGAGAAACUCGCCUCUUCCCCACAACAGCUAAUGAAUGUCGAAUUCUCUGUCACGCUUUAACGAACGAUUUCCUGAUCUAUGGAACAGAUGCUGGUGUUAUUCAUUAUUUCUACAUUGAAGAUUGGCAACAUGUGAAUGAAUACCGACACCCUGUCAGUGUCAAAAAAAUCUUUCCAGAUACAAAUGGGACCCGGCUGACUUACAUUGAUGAUAAAAAUGAAGGCUUUCUGUACUGCCCAGUAACUGAUGCUGUGUAUGAAAUUCCAAAUUUCUCACCAACCAUCAAAUGCAUUCUUUGGGAAAACUGGCCAAUGGAUAAUAGUGUGUUUGUUGCCUACGAUGAUGAUAAAGUCUAUACUUACAUCUUUCACAAGGGUACUAUUCAAGGAUCCAAGGUGAUUUUGGCAGGUGGCACCAAAAUUCCAUUUUCUCAUAAGCCAUUGCUGUUGUAUAAUGGAGAACUAACCUGCCAGACCCAGAGUGGGAAAACAAACAAUAUCUGCCUUAGCACGCAUGGUUUUCUGGGAAAGUUGGACAAUUUAAAACCCAGUGAGCUAAAACAAAUACUGAUGCAGGCUUUAAUAUUGAAAAGAUUUUCUGACGCCUGGGUGAUAUGCAAGCAUCUGGAUGACUUGUCUGCGUGGAAUGAACUAGGCAGUGCCUGUUUGCAUCACAUGGAAGUAGAGUUCGCCAUACGUGUAUAUCGUACAAUUAGAAAUGUCGGGAUAGUGAUGUCUUUGGAACAAAUAAAGGGGGUAGAAGACCACAGUCUUUUAGCAGGACACCUUGCCAUGUUUACUAAUGAUUUCAACCUGGCCCAGGAUCUGUACCUGGCAUCUAGCUGCCCCAGAGCUGCACUUGAGAUGAGACGAGAUUUGCAGCACUGGGACAGUGCACUGCAGCUGGCUAAACGCUUGGCCCCCGACCAGAUCCCGCUGCUCUCAAAGGAGUACGCUAUUCAGCUCGAAUUCACGGGCGAUUAUAUAAAUGCUUUGGCACAUUACGAGAAGGGAAUUACAGGAAACAAUAAGUACCAGGACCACGAUGAAGCCUGCCUAGCCGGAGUGGCUCAGAUGUCCAUUCGGAUGGGUGACAUCCGUCGAGGGGUUAACCAAGCCAUUAAACAUCCCAGCAGGCUGCUCAAGCGGGACUGUGGAGCCAUUCUGGAAAAUAUGAAGCAAUUUUCAGAAGCGGCCCAGUUAUAUGAAAAAGGACAGUAUUAUGACAAAGCAGCAUCAGUAUAUAUUCGUUGUAAAAACUGGGCAAAGGUUGGUGAAUUGCUCCCUCACGUAACUUCUCCCAAGGUUCAUCUACAAUAUGCCAAGUCUAAGGAAGCAGAUGGAAGAUACAAGGAAGCUGUUGUGGCUUAUAAAAAUGCCAAGCAGUGGGAAAAUGUCAUCCGCAUCUAUUUGGAUCACCUUGGCAACCCUGAAAAGGCGGUUAGUGUGGUCAGAGAAACCCAAUCUCUGGAGGGAGCCAAAAUGGUAGCCAGGUUCUUUCUCCAACUGGGAGACUAUGGUUCUGCCAUUCAGUUUCUGGUCAUGUCCAAAUGCAACAAUGAAGCUUUCACACUGGCCCAGCAACACAACCAAAUGGAACUGUAUGCUGACAUCAUAGGUUCAGAGGACACCCCCAACGAAGACUAUCAGAGUAUCGCAUUGCACUUUGAAGGAGAAAAGAAACAUUUUCCAGCGGGCAAGUUCUUUUUGCUCUGCGGCCAAUACGCACGGGCUUUAAAACACUUCCUCAAGUGCUCCAGUACAGAUGAUAACGCAGCCCUAGAAAUGGCAAUUGACACAGUUGGGCAGGCAAAGGAUGAGUCAUUGACCAAUCAGCUCAUAGAUCACCUCAUGGGAGAGAGUGACGGCAUGCCCAAGGAUGCCAAGUAUCUAUUCCGCUUAUACAUGUCCCUGAAGCAAUACCGAGAGGCUGCCCGCACUGCCAUAAUCAUCUCCAGGGAGGAGCAGUCCGCAGGAAACUAUCGAAGUGCCCACGAUGUUCUCUUCAGCAUGUACGCAGAACUGAGAACCCAGAAGAUCACAAUUCCUUCUGAGAUGGCCACAAACCUUAUGAUCCUGCACAGCUAUAUUUUGGUUAAGAUUCACGUGAAACGUGGGGAUCACCUGAAGGGAGCCCGCAUGCUGAUUCGAGUGGCCAACAACAUUAGCAAAUUCCCCUCCCACAUCGUGCCCAUCCUGACGUCCACCGUGAUCGAGUGCCACCGGGCGGGCCUGCGGAGCUCGGCCUUCAGCUUCGCGGCAAUGCUCAUGCGGCCCGAGUACCGCAGCCGGAUCGAUCUCAAAUACCGCAAGAAGAUCGAAGCCAUGGUCAGGAGACCCGACACCACUGAGGCUGAAGAGGCGACCACCCCGUGCCCGUUUUGUGAUUUCCCGCUUCCUGAGUGCGAGCUGCUCUGUCCUGGGUGCAAGAAUAAUCUCCCAUACUGCAUUGCCACGGGCCGACACAUGGUAAAGGAUGAUUGGACCAUCUGCUCCCACUGCGACUUUCCAGCUUUAUACUCCGAGUUGAGGAUAAUGCUACAUUCCGAAAAGACCUGUCCGAUGUGUUCAGAGUCCCUCAGUCUCGCCGACCUGAAAAAGAUAGGGGACUGUUCAGCGUACCUGAAUCCCGAAGCUGUGGAGCCGUGAUGUUUCCAGAACCCUCCGGCCGAGGGACAUUGAGGAACCACAGGAGUGGAGGCGGGAGACCUAGAUGAUGAUUAGUGAUCAGCUGCCUGAUGCUUUACGAGCUCAGGAGGUGUUACUGGUUGUAGUUUCACGAAGCAUUCAGAGAAAAGGUUUGAAGUGUCUGGGGAAAGAUUUUGGUGCAACGUCCCCAGCACCUGGCAGGCUCACGCCCACGGUACUCUAACCAAUCGGGAGAGUCUUUUCCAGGUUUUAAGGCGGUGACUCUCA